AUGGCCGCCACCGCCGUUACAACCGCUCAGGCCGGCCGAGUCACCAACUUCCUCAAGAACGGCCGCUAUGCUCAGCUUGUCGGCGGUGGCUCCGGAUCCCCCAUCUACCUCUCCUCCGUUAUUAAAUAUAUAGCCGCUGACCUUUUGGGUUCUGUGGUGAUUGCUAAUGGAGGUGUUCUACCCAACAUUCAUCAUAUUCUGCUACCGAAGAAGAAUGCAAAAGGCAAGGGUGAGAUUGGAUAUGUCUCAAGGAUUCUAGAUGGGUUCAGAUUUGUUGGUAUUGGUAGGGAAGAAGAAAGAGUAAGGCUAACCAUGUCGUCUCCGGUGUCGUCUUCGGAUCACGCACACAACCUCGUCCUCUCUAUGUUGAGGGGUUCAGAUCUGAUUAAGGAGGGUGUCGCUAUUAGUGCUGGUAUGUCUGGCAGCGACCCAUUGGCUUGA